AUGGCCAGUGCUGCGCGCCCAGUGCUCGCCGUGGUUGACCUCACAGCUGGGCUGGUGGGCUACGGCGCAGCCCUGAGGCUGCAGGAGCGUCUGGCAGACCUGCGGCGGGAGGGUGCGGUGCCUGAUACGCUGCUGCUGCUCCAGCACGAGCCUGUCUACACAGUGGGCAAGCGCGGCAGCCUGGCCGACUUCCGCAAUGGCGUAGAGGCCGUGACGUCCCGGGGCGCUGCCGUGGCGCACGUGCCGCGCGGCGGCGAGACCAUCGACCACGGCCCCGGCCAGCUGGUGGCCUACCCUGUGCUGGCGCAGUGA